UUUGCUUUCUUUCCUCCAGUCUGAAAGGCACUUUAUUAUGCAAGUAGUCUGUGAAGCAACACAGUGUCCAGAUACAAGGGUACGAGUGGCUGCCUUACAGAAUCUGGUGAAGAUAAUGUCCCUUUAUUAUCAGUAUAUGGAGACCUACAUGGGGCCUGCUCUGUUUGCUAUAACUAUUGAAGCAAUGAAGAGUGACAUAGAUGAGGUGGCUCUGCAGGGAAUCGAGUUCUGGUCCAACGUGUGUGACGAGGAGAUGGAUUUGGCCAUCGAGGCCUCGGAGGCAGCAGAACAAGGGAGGCCUCCAGAGCACACCAGCAAGUUCUAUGCCAAGGGGGCCCUCCAGUAUUUGGUCCCAAUUCUGACACAGACCUUGACCAAGCAGGAUGAGAACGACGACGACGACGACUGGAACCCCUGCAAGGCAGCUGGGGUGUGCCUGAUGCUGCUGGCCACCUGCUGUGAGGACGACAUCGUCCCCCACGUGCUGCCCUUCAUCAAGGAGCACAUCAAGAAUCCCGACUGGAGGUACCGGGACGCGGCCGUGAUGGCCUUCGGGUGCAUCCUGGAAGGGCCAGAGCCCAACCAGCUCAAACCUUUAGUAAUACAGGCCAUGCCCACGUUGAUAGAGCUGAUGAAGGACCCCAGCGUGGUGGUGAGGGACACGACAGCCUGGACGGUGGGGCGGAUCUGUGAGAUGCUGCCCGAGGCCGCCAUCAACGACAUCUACCUGGCCCCGCUGCUGCAGUGCCUCAUGGAGGGGCUGAGCGCUGAGCCCAGGGUGGCCACCAACGUCUGCUGGGCCUUCUCCAGCCUUGCUGAAGCUGCCUAUGAAGCUGCAGAUGUGCCUGAUGAUCAGGAAGAACCAGCAACCUACUGCUUGUCCUCCUCCUUUGAGCUGAUAGUGCAGAAACUCCUGGAGACUGCAGACAGACCUGAUGGACACCAGAAUAACUUGAGGAGUUCUGCCUAUGAAUCCCUGAUGGAAAUAGUGAAAAACAGUGCCAAGGACUGUUACCCUGCUGUCCAAAAAACGACCCUGGUCAUCAUGGAGCGGCUCCAGCAAGUGCUGCAGAUGGAGUCCCACAUCCAGAGCACCUCGGACAGGAUCCAGUUCAACGACCUCCAGUCCCUUCUCUGUGCGACCCUCCAGAACGUGCUGAGGAAGGUGCAGCACCAGGACGCCCUGCAGAUCUCGGACGUGGUCAUGGCCUCGCUGCUGAGGAUGUUCCAGAGCACGGCGGGCUCGGGGGGAGUGCAGGAGGACGCCCUGAUGGCCGUCAGCACCCUGGUGGAAGUCUUGGGUGGAGAGUUCCUGAAGUACAUGGAUGCCUUCAAACCCUUCCUUGGCAUUGGCCUGAAGAACUAUGCCGAGUACCAGGUCUGUCUGUCUGCAGUGGGCCUGGUUGGGGACUUGUGCAGGGCCCUGCAGUCCAACAUCCUGCCUUUCUGCGACGAGGUUAUGCAGCUGCUCCUGGAGAACUUGGGGAACGAAAAUGUCCAUAGGUCUGUGAAGCCCCAGAUCCUCUCGGUGUUCGGGGACAUCGCCCUGGCCAUCGGAGGGGAGUUCAAGAAGUACCUGGACGUGGUGCUGAACACCCUCCAGCAGGCGUCCCAGGCACAGGUGGACAAGUCCGACUAUGACAUGGUGGAUUACCUGAACGAGCUGAGGGAGGGCUGCCUGGAGGCCUACACUGGGAUCAUCCAGGGCCUGAAGGGAGACCAGGAGAACGUGCAUCCUGAUGUGAUGCUGGUGCAGCCCAGAGUAGAAUUUAUCCUGUCCUACAUCGACCACAUCGCUGGGGACGAGGAUCACACGGAUGGAGUGGUGGCCUGUGCUGCUGGGCUCAUAGGGGAUUUGUGUACAGCAUUUGGGAAAGAUGUUCUGAAAUUAGUAGAAGCCAGACCCAUGAUCCAUGAACUGCUAACGGAAGGGAGGAGAUCCAAGACGAACAAAACAAAAACUCUCGCUACCUGGGCGACUAAAGAGCUGAGAAAACUGAAGAAUCAAGCUUGAUCUGUUACCAUUGGGAUGACACCUGAGACCCCCACUUGGAAAAUCUCCAAUCUUUUGAAAAAAAAAAAAAAAAAAAACAAACCACAAAACCCAGAAGUGAGGAGUGUGCACGGAUGCUGAAUGUUUGGGAAUGAGAGGAUGAGUGUGAGUGAGGCUUGAAAAACAAACAAAACAAACAAAAGCAGAACCAACCACACCACAUUUGAAAAUCCCGCCGCAGCCACGGGAGCAGCGCCGAGCCCGCACCGGGAAGAGGGAACCAGGAGGGAAUUCUGUCCAAGCAACACGAGGGAGGCUCCUCUUCCCAACAGCCCAGGACUGGCUUCUCCGUGGGGAACGGCCAGUUGGGAGAGGAGAGAGGAGAGGAGAGGAGAGGAGAGGAGAGAGGGCAAACUGGGAUCAGCUGUGGUGCUUCUGUGAGGUCUUGGCUGCUGGAGAGAGGUGGAGCUUGGGAUUCUCCAGCACGGGAUGAGGACGGGAGGGGGUGAAGGAUUUUCAGUCCAGGAGUGAGUGUGUGUGAGUGAGGCGGUAUCCACAUUCUCAACUUCAAGUCAUUGCAGUUUAUCUUUUCCCAAAAACCACACACAAAACAAAAACAAACAAACA